CUGUCACCGGAACCAGUGGAACCGCCAUGCCAAUGCGAGCUUAAUGGAGUAGCCUACAAUUUUUGUUACCAGUUGCCAGCAGAACCAAAAAUUCAUGGACGGAAAUUCAGCUGUUCAUAUGCUCAACACUUGGAUAAACUUGGUCUUCUGUCGACUGAUACUGCGCUUGAUGCGAAAAGGGAUGAGUUUCCGGAACCGAUGUUUGUCACGGCAAUGUCAGAGAAUCACUACAGAGAAGGACUAACGCUGAUAGCUAACAUACGAAAACUGUGGCCGCAGAGGAAGAUCAUCAUCUAUAACUUAGGACUGGGUUCCAAGGCAAUUAAGGAACUGGAGGAAAAGUGUUUAGUAGAGUUACGCGAUUUUCCAUUCUCUACCUAUCCUCCAUACGUGAAAGAUUUGGACCAGUACAGAUGGAAACCCUUGACAAUAGCGAUGACGGUAAAGGAAUUCGGUGCCGUGUGGUACAUGGACACCUCAAUUCGAUGGAAGAAAGAUCGCCUAAGUGAAGUGUACGACGAGAUCCGUUGUCGAAAGGAUCACUAUUGGUCGGAGUUAGUGAAAACAAACCAUUUCUUGUGA